AUGAAAAGGAGGCAACAUGUUGAGAUUCCUAAGCCUUAUGCUGAUUUUCCUCCUCCAGCGAGGGUCUGUUGGAGCAGCAUCUCUACCAAGUACAAAUGAUGUAUCAGUCUGCGGCGUGCCAAUAGUAUCCGAUCGGAUAGUAGGGGGAACGAACAGUAUGAAGGGGGAAUGGCCCUGGCAGAUCAGCCUGAGCUACAAAGGUCAAACUGUCUGCGGAGGAAGCCUUAUCACCGACAGCUGGGUUCUGACUGCCGCUCACUGCUUUGAUUCGCAAAAGGUCUCUCAAUACAUUGUUUACCUUGGAGUUUAUCAACUGUCUAACCUUAAAAACCCGAAUACGGUAUCUAGUGGGGUGAAAAGAAUCAUCAUAAACAAGGCUUACCAAUACGAGGGAUCUAGCGGGGACAUUGCUCUGAUUGAACUGGAGAAACCCGUCACCUUCACCCCUUACAUCCUCCCAGUCUGCCUCCCGCCCCCGGCUUCUGAACUUCCUGCAGGGACCAAAUGCUGGGUGACCGGAUGGGGAGAUAUCAAAGAAGGCCAGGAUCUAAGUAACCCGAAAACCCUACAGAAGGCUUCGGUGAAGCUAAUUGACUGGAAUAGCUGUGAGCCAAUGUAUGAAACCACCUUCGGAUACAAACCUAGUGUUCCUUUUAUCAUGGACGACAUGUUCUGUGCUGGAUACAAGGAAGGACAGAUAGAUGCCUGUCAGGGAGACUCUGGUGGGCCUCUUGUAUGCAAUGUCAACAACACGUGGUGGCAGUAUGGCAUCAUCAGCUGGGGUAUUGGAUGUGCUGAAGCCAACGCACCGGGGGUCUAUACCAAAGUCCAGUAUUAUGACUCUUGGAUCAAACAGUACAUUCCUUCAAUUAAAAUCAGCGAAGCAGGAUCAAGCACUGUUGUCGAUACGAUAAGGCUCCUUGAACAGUCCCUGAACAGCAGUAUUGGGUUCCUUGAUACUAAUGGUUUAAAUUCAACAACCAACAACAGUGGGGCAAGUUUCGAACUCAUUAAGACUUUAGAUAGUGGGGCUCAUAAUCAAAAAUGGUCCCAUCUCACCAUAGCACUUGGUCUUGUGUAUUUGUGUCUUGGUCACCUCUGGUAAGUCUCAGGUUGAUAAGUUCUUCCAAUAUGAACAUAACCUACCACUUGAAAAGGACUGAAGGAAGAAGGUAUAUUGGUCAGGUCCACACAGAACACGGGGAAUAUUCCAUAAGUGACAGUUUUGAGAUGGUAUCCCCCCUAAAAUGUAUUUCUUUAUGAGUUGAAAGGGCCCAGAGUCAACUAACCAAGGCAAGAUCCCAUUGAGUUUCCAUGAAGGUGGUCUUCCUAUGAAAUGCAACUCUUACCACCAGUUUACUUACUGUUCUACUCUUACCUUCUUAUAACUUAUCUUCUCAUACAGAUAGAACCUUCUUUCCUGUCUAUUUCAGUUUUCACUUAUUAUUAGCUAAUAAUAUGCAUUUCACCAUUACAUCAGAUAAGAACGAUAAUACCUAGAACAUAUAUCUGGGUUUCACAUGAGCCCAAUCAAUAGUGUGUGUGUUGAAAAUACAUUCUGUUUAUAGUUAUUUGUUGCAUCCAGAGCAGAACAGUGAGAUCGAAAGCACUUCCAUUUUAUCUUUAAGCCCCACGUUUAAUCCCCUGAGAUACAGACAGAAGUCAUGGAAAGAGUUCGUUUAUACAGAGCUCAGGAUCUGAUUCCAGGAGGAGAAAAAGGUUAAUAGUGAGAUGAAACUAAAACGAUCGUUCACUGUUUCUUUAGAAUUAAAAACUAGAAGCUCUAGAUCUUAGUGUCUUAGUGGAAAGAAUAGAUAGAAGAUAUUUUCAAUACAAAUUAUAUUAUUUUGGUGAAUGCUCCACCUAGGUGUGUAUUGCCCCCAGGCCUCUUUAUUUAGCCAUGAAACUUUCCUGCUUUAUGUAUAGUUCCAGAUUGGUUCUCGACUCACCUUAGAACUAUCUAAGUGCUUGAAAUCCAAGGGUUCAUUUAUGAAAGGACCAAGGUGCAAUGUUCAAAAAAGUGGCAUACAUUGGCCAUUUUACAACCUUCUUCUCACCUUCUAUUUCUUUGCUGCCUUUUCCCAUCAUUCCUUGUUCUUAUCUCCUUCCCUUUCCUCUCCCUUCCCACCCCUUCCAAGGUUGGGCUGCAGAAAGCCACAGCUGGGGUAUUUACCCAUUGAUAUUUGUUUCAGCUCAGCGCUGCCCCUAGUGGCAGAAUAGAGAUUGUCAGCUUCAUCUGCACCUUUACUGAUCCCGCCCUAAUAAUAAUGUAAUAAUAUGAUAAUAAUGUCUUUUUUUUUUUUUUAAAGCAGCAAUAUCAAGGCUUCAGCCCUUCUUGAGGCUUUAUUAAGGGCCCGUCAUAGGACAGCAUUAAAAAAUAACUACAAAGGACUCACUGUAUUGGCCAAGGGGGAAGGGGGACCCGGCCAAUUAAAUAUACAGGGCCAUAAGAGUGUUCAUGGGGAAAAUACUUCUAGGUAGGGUAUAUUUCCCCUUUAAUUUCUGCUGCUUGCAUGUGUAUUUUUCCUUUAUUGUUGUAAUAAAAAAAUGCAUUUAUUUGA